CUGGUGAUCAUGCUCCUCGCUCUGAUUGUUAUACCAUCAAAUCAAAUGGACAACCAGGAUGUUAUUUCCUAACUAUGGUGUGGUAGUGAGACUGUGAAUAUGGGCAAAUGACAAUUAUAUGGUCACACCCAAUAGUCAUCUGGGUCGAUACACGGCUGGUUGACAACAUGAUUGUAUGAAUCAUAUGAUAGUCAGAUUUGAUAGCAAAGCUUGAUUAUAAAGGCAACGCACCCUCCCUACCUAUGCAUUUAUUGUCUGCAGUGAACUUCAGAAGCUAUAUUAAGAGCUUAGGAAGCAUACUUCCACCCAAUUUUUCAGAGCCCCUUUCCUAACUAUGCAGUUUUUGUCUGCAGUAAACUUGAUAAAGCAAUAUUAGUAGCUUAAGAAGUAUGAGCCAUGCAGUGAAGUGCUGCAGAUAUGACCACAAUAAUGUGUGUGAUGGUUCUAAUGAGAUCAAAGUUGCUUGUCUUGCAAGUUUAAAAUUGGAAAGCUGGAUUAUUGACAUCACCAUAUGUGCUACUUACCUACUAGAGACUCCAAAGACCAGUUGGUUGAUCCUCCAAAAUGACUACUGUUUCACUCUCAAAUAAGCUAUGGGUAUCAGAUUCAAGCACGUAGUCCGUGUUAGCUCUUUUGGAAAGGAGGUCAAAGCAUUAACUGAGUGUCUCAUUACAUGCAUAUAGAACUAGAACAACCAAAACAACUAGUUUCAGCGUGAAGAUGGGUGUGCUCCAACGGUUGCUGGGUUCUCUGCUUCUAUGCAGUGUGUUUCUUUGCCUAGUUGAAGGAGAUGUUCACUACUAUGACUUUGUGCUCAAGGAGGCCAACUUUACAAGGUUAUGUAUGACUAAGAGCAUGCUGGUAGUCAAUGACAGUUUUCCAGGUCCAGUCAUUCGUGUGCACAAAGGUGAUACUGUUUAUGUCAAUGUCCAAAAUCAAGGAGACUAUGGCCUUACUAUUCACUGGCAUGGUGUGCAUCAACCAAGGAACCCCUGGUCAGAUGGUCCUGAGUAUGUCACGCAGUGUCCAAUUGAACCCGGAACAAAUUUCACUUACGAGGUUAUAUUUUCUGAUGAGGAAGGAACACUUUGGUGGCAUGCUCAUAGUGAUUGGACCAGAGCUGGUGUCCAUGGUGCCAUUGUUGUUAUGCCCUCAGAUGAGACAGGUUUUCCAUUUCCAGAACCAGAUGGAGAAGAAAUACUUGUAUUUGGUUCUUGGUAUUAUAUUGAAGAUCUGAAUGCAGUGGUUGCUGAGGACGUCGCAGAUGGUUCUGACACUCCGCGCUCUGAUUGCUACACCAUCAAUGGACAACCAGGAGAUUUUGGCCUAUGUUCAAAGGACAGUACGUAUCGCUGGCAAGUGGAAUAUGGCAAGACGUAUCUUCUUCGCCUGGUUAGUGCAGUUAUGAACGCAGAACUCUACUUUGCUAUUGCUGAUCACAGCCUCACUGUUGUUGGUUUGGAUGGAGCUUAUGUUAAACCGAUUGUGACUGAUAAUAUCAUGAUUUCCCCUGGACAAACCAUGGAUAUUUUGGUCACAGCUAACCAGUCUCUUGGUGAAUACUACAUGGCUGCUAGACAAUUUGAUAGUGUUAGGCCAGAUGAUCAAACCUUUGACAAGUCAAAUGUUACAGCAAUUCUGGAGUAUAAAGGCAAUUACACACCCCCAGCAUACCCAAUUUUUCCGAGUACCCUCCCUUCCUAUGAGGACUUACUACCUGCAAUAGAAUUUACAAACCAAAUCAAGAGCUUAGCAAGCGAAGACCACCCAAUAAAUGUGCCGAUGAAUAUAACUACCAAAAUGUACAUAGCAGUUGAGAUGAAUAGUGGUUCCGUGACUGAGACUUCUGAUGAUAUCACAGUUUCUCUUCUUGCAAGUUUAAACAAUAUAAGCUGGGUUAAUCCAACUACAGAUGUGCUACUUGCCUACUACAGGAACAUAAGUGGGUUUUAUGCCUCAGACUUUCCAGAUUUUCCCCCAUAUUUCUAUGACUUCGUGAGUGACGACUUGCCUGAUAAUACCGAGUUAACUCUCAAGGCAACCAAGGUCAAGGUGCUAGAGUACAAUGAAGAGGUGGAAAUAGUGUUUCAGGGUACUAAUACGAUUAAUGCAUCAGAGAAUCAUCCAAUGCACUUGCAUGGCUAUAGCUUUUAUUUGGUUGGAUCAGGUUUUGGAAAUUUUGACAAUGUGAGAGACCCCCAAAGCUACAAUUUGGUUGAUCCACCGAAGAUGACAACCAUUUCGGUCCCAAUGAAAGGAUGGGCUGCUAUCAGGUUUAAAGCAAGUAAUCCUGGGGUUUGGUUAUGGCACUGUCAUUUGGAUCGACACUUCAGUUGGGGCAUGAGCUUUGUGUUGAUAGUGAAAGAUGGAGGCGAGCCGAAGACGAGCAUGCGAGAACCUCCUCCAUACAUGCCGCCCUGCACUGAUUCACCUACCAUCAGGCUGCGACCUUCCCACAAAUUCAGCAGGACGGGUAAAUGAGUUUGAAAUCAUACACACCAGGCCUAUAAUGUAGUCCACAUGAGUUUGAAUUCAUUAUUGUUCGUCCUGAACCAUUUUGUUAGUUGGCGGAACACUAGCUCAUAGUUUUGUAAUUAUAAGUGGACUGUGUCACAAGUACUCGUCAAGUUGUGAAACAAGUUUAUGUGGAUCUCCACUCUUGAUUUUUAUCUAAUCCCCAUUACAUUGUUAGUGAUUUCUAUGACCCGUAAAACCUAGCAGCCAAAUCAUUUGAAGAACUUCCAUCACAUUUCAGCUUGUUUUAAUAAACUAAGCUUUUUCACUGAAUCAAAA